AUGGCGUCUAUUCUCCCCUUUAUUGGUUGGACGGUUCUUCCCAAUUAUGCCACGUCUUUUCUCCAGAGUGUCUACUAUGGCAUUACCAUUCGUGCGGGGGACCCUCGUCCCAUGCCCCAGACACCACGCUUCGAGCGCGAUCGCCGCCGCAUCUUCAUCGUCGUGAUCAUCAGUUACCUCCUUUACACGCUCUACGAGACCUUCCACCAAGUCCAAGUCGCGGGCGACUACUACAAAGUGCUAGGCGUAUCACCCUUCGCCGAUGAGCGCACGAUCAAAUCCCGCUUCCGCAAGGUCGCAGCCCAGUUCCACCCAGACAAGGUCGGGCUAGACAAUGGCGCCGAAGCACAAUUCAUCUUCCUGCGGCGAGCCCAGGAAACACUGGCCGACCCAGUGAAACGGUUCGCAUAUGACCGAUUCGGACCCGACAUGUUGAACUGGGGUGAAAAGAAGACCAUGCGCGACUUUGUGACCGCCUCGCUGUCCCGCGCAGUGGUUCCGCAGUAUAUCGGAGGCUUUGCAACCAUGAUGGUGCUCAACUGGCUGUGGUGGGCGAAUUGGGGCCGCUACGUAAUGGCGCUUCUUCACCUUCGCCGCCAUGCUCACCCUCGAACUCGCCCUAAUCACCCACCCCCAAGCCGUCUUCAUGCCAACGUCCUACCUCCCCACCACCCUCCGCGCCUGGCUCCACGCCUGGAUCCCCGAAGAACAAUCCUUCUACCUCCUCCCUUCCAAAUCCUCACCCUCGCCCGUCGCGCCUCGAUAACCCUACACAUCUUCAUUUCGCAAAUGGCCCCGCCCGCCGCCCGCGCCAGCGCCAGCAACGGCGAGACCCUCUCCCCGCAAACGAUGCAGCGCAUGGGCCAGCUCGUGCAGGCGUCGCGGGCGACGGACUUUGAGGCUACGCGGUUGUUGCAGCUUGGGCUGGCGCCGUUCCGGGGGGAUCGGGAGAGUGUAGGUGCGUUGCGGAGGGGGAUGAAGGAGGGGUUGAUUCUGGGGGGUGUGAGGUCUAGUCCGGAGGUGCAGAGGGCUGUUGCGCAGGUUAUGGAGAGACGGAAGGGUGAGAAGGAGGAUAAAGUUGAUUAA